GGUGCGCGCAGGGCUGGCGGGCGACCCGAGCAUCUUAGGUUGAGGCGGCGACGGCUGAGGUGGCGGUCCAGGUGGAGAUGGGGAGCGGCGGUGUGAUCCACUGUAGGUGUGCCAAGUGUUUCUGUUAUCCUACAAAGCGAAGAAUAAGAAGGAGACCCCGAAACCUAACCAUCUUGAAUCUCCCAGAAGAUGUGCUCUUUCAUAUCCUGAAAUGGCUUUCUGUUGGGGACAUCCUAGCAGUUCGAUCUGUGCACUCCCACCUGAAGUACCUGGUGGACAACCACGCCAGUGUAUGGGCAUGUGCCAGCUUUCAAGAGCUGUGGCCUUCUCCAAAGAACCUGAAGCUCUUUGAAAGGGCUGCUGAAAAGGGAAAUUUUGAAGCUGCUGUGAAGCUGGGCAUCGCCUACCUCUACAAUGAAGGCUUGUCUGUGUCUGAUGAGGCCCGUGCAGAAGUGAACGGCCUGAAAGCCUCUCGUUACUUCAGUCUUGCCGAGCGACUAAAUGUCAGUGCCACGCCUUUCAUCUGGCUCUUCAUCCGCCCUCCGUGGUCAGUGUCUGGAAGUUGCUGCAAGGCUGUGGUUCAUGAGAGCCUCAAGGCGGAGUGCCAGCUACAAAAAACUCACAGAGCCUCCAUACUGCACUGCUUGGGGAAGGUGCUGAGUCUCUUUGAGGAUGAAGAGAAAAAGAAGCAGGCCCGUGACCUCUUUGAAGAGUCUGCUAAUCAGGGAUGUUUGACCAGCUCAUACCUCCUCUGGGAAAGUGACAGACUGAUAGACAUGUCUGAUCCUGGGCGAUGCCUCCACAACUUCCGGAAACUCAGGGACUAUGCUGCCAAAGGCUGCUGGGAAGCCCAGCUGUCUUUAGCCAAAGCCUGUGCCAAUGGAAACCAGCUUGGACUAGAAGCAAAAGCAUCCAAUGAGAUAGUCCUUCAGCUGUUUCAGGCCUCCCGCGCUGUUAAUAAGCAGGAGGUUUUUUCUGUGCAGAAGGGACUCAACGACACAAUGAGGUACAUUCUAAUCGACUGGCUUGUAGAAGUUGCCACCAUGAAGGACUUCACAAGCCUAUGCCUUCACCUGACUGUGGAGUGUGUGGACCGGUACCUACGGAGGAGGCUGGUUCCCCGGUAUAGGCUCCAGCUGCUGGGCAUCGCCUGCAUGGUCAUCUGCACCCGGUUCAUCAGCAAAGAGAUCUUGACAAUCCGGGAAGCUGUGUGGCUCACAGACAACACGUACAAGUAUGAGGACCUGGUGAGGAUGAUGGGAGAGAUCAUUUCCGCCCUGGAAGGCAAGAUUCGAGUCCCCACUGUGGUUGAUUACAAGGACGUCCUGCUGACUCUGAUCCCUGUGGCGCCAAGAACCCAGCACCUGUGCAGCUUCCUCUGCGAGCUCUCUCUGCUGCACACCAGCCUGGCUGCCUACUCCCCAGCCCACCUGGCUGCAGCUGCCCUGCUGCUGGCAAGGCUGACGCACGGGCAGACACAGCCUUGGACUACUCGGCUGUGGGACCUCACUGGGUUUUCCUGUGAAGACCUCAUACCCUGUGUCUUGAGCCUUCACCAAAAGUGCUUCCAUGAUGACAUCCCCAAGGAUUACAGACAAGUCUCUCUGACCGCAGUGAAACAGAGGUUUGAGGACAAGCGCUACGAAGAGAUCAGCCAGGAAGAGGUGCUGAGCUAUAGCCAGGUGUGUGCAGCUCUAGGAGUGAAACAAGAGAGCCCAGAACCCACGUCUUUCCUCAGCUCAGGGGACAUUCACUCCUUCCUUAGCUCUCCCUCUGCAAGGAGAACCAAGAGGAAGCGGGAGAACAGCCUCCAGGAGGACAGGGGCAGUUUCGUCACCACGCCCACUGCAGAGCUGUCCAGCCAGGAAGAGACACUACUCGGCAGCUUCCUAGACUGGAACCUGGACUACUGCUCCGGCUACGAGGGCGACCAGGAGAGUGAGGGCGAGAAAGAGGGCGAUGUGACAGCUCCCAGCGGCAUCCUCGACGUCACCGUGGUGUACCUCAACCCAGAACAGCACUGCUGCCAGGAAUCGAGCGAUGAGGAGGCCUGCCUGGAGGAUGAAGGAUAUCAGGACCUGCAUGCCAUGGUGACAAGCACCCAGACACCUCUAGCCCCAGGACCUGAGGCCCCUCUCUGCAGCAGCAGAGAACUGGGCAAGGACGUUAUGACCUCAGGGUACUCCUCCAUCAGCGGUGUGAGUCCCACAAAGUCGGUGGACAGCAGCCCGCCCCAACCUACCUCAGCACUGUCCCCAGGCAGUGACUCAAACAUACAGCCUUGCCACCAUCAUGCCAGGAAGUCGUGUUUACAGUGUCGUCCCCUGAGUUCCCCAGAGAGCAAUGUUCCCCAGCAACAGGUGAAAAGGAAAAAUCUGUCCACCUCCAGCAAGGAAGAGCAGGACACGAACUUGAGCUUCCUGAGUGAAGCUGUGAGUGUGUCAGUGUUUGCCACAGUGAAUCUUUGUGGAAACAGGGCUGCUGCUGCACUAGCAAGGAGUGGAGGCACUGGUGAUGGAUGAUGUGUAGACCUCCGGUAGCCUCCACGGGGAGCAGAGAGGAGAACUUGGGGCACUGACCAUCUUUCACAUUUGAGCCAUCAAAAUAUCAAAAUCAGAACAAAAACUCAUCCUUCUCUUUUGAAACUUUAACCUCAAACAACACACCGUGUGAGGCCUAUUUCUCUGUCCCCUCCUGUGUCUGUCUUGCUUUCUUUCUGGGAAGCUUAAGCCCACUGCCUGAUAACCAGCCCCACUGAACCCCCAUCCUGGGAGCUGACCGCUCUCACAAUUGAGAACACAUCUGAUUGAAGUAGCCUGAAACAGCUUCCUCGCUCCCUGCGUCUACCUGGUUUGGGGUUCUACGAGAGCUGAGAGCUCCAAGCACAAUCCCCAUGUCCACCUCUGCCUGCCAGGGUCAUCUACUCCCUCAUAGGGCAGAGAGACCCAUGGUUGGGGAGUCCUGCCCUGUGCAUUGUCAGGGACUACAUGUGAUCACCAGAUGUAAGGGCCUUGACAUUUUGCAGGCCAGGGCCUCAAUGCCUUAGUCAUAGGCUCCUUCACUCUCACAUUCCCAGUUCAUUUUAGAAAUCUGUCCCUCCUCCCAGAAUGAUUUGUCUGUGUCCCCAACAGAUAGUGUCUGUAUGGACAUCUCUUUUUGUGCUGAAUUUCUGGUCCAUUUCUUUUCUUGUAUUUCUAUCCUUCAUUCUUCUAAGAUGAAAAAAUGAAAACAAAAGAAAAAUUUUAAAUAGUCAUUAAAUUUUUUAAAACAAGAGAUUCAACAUUAUUUAGAAUCAACUGAAAAGAAUCUAAUUCAAACCCCUCAAUGCUAUCCUGACACUAUUUAUGCAAGAAUUUUCCCAGAGAAGUUAGCCAGGUGGGGUUUGGGCCAGGCCCGGGGG